UUAAAGGAAAUUUGUUGAUUAUUUAUCUUAUUUUACAUCUUUUUCCUGUUUUUUUGACAUUGAAAAAAGUAAUGCUGGCAGAUUCCAUUUUAAUAUUAUGUAUAUCUGUAUUUACUGCUCUUCUUUCCGAAGGAAUAACAUAUAUAUUAGUCUACAGAACAGACAAAUACAAAAAAUUAAAAUCUGAGGUAGAGAAGCACAGUAAGAAAUUAGAAAGGAAGAAAGACAGUACUUCAGGGGAUAUGUCUGGAGGACAAAAGAAGAAAAUUGAACGAGUUGAAGAGAAAUUGAAGAGCAACAACCGAGAUUUGUCAAUGGUGAAGAUGAAAUCUAUGUUUGCUAUUGGUUUCACUUUUACUGCUUUAAUGGGAAUGUUCAACUCCAUAUUUGAUGGAAGAGUUGUAGCAAAGCUUCCAUUUGUACCUAUAUCAUGGUUUCAAGGUUUAUCACAUCGUAAUCUUCAUGGUUCAGACUACACUGAUUGUUCUUUUAUAUUUCUGUAUAUUUUAUGCACAAUGUCCAUCAGACAGAAUAUUCAAAAGAUUCUUGGUUUUGCACCAUCAAGAGCAGCGACAAAAGCACCUGGAUUUUUGAACCCUGUUCCCUCUAGUAAAUAAAUGAUUAACUUUACCAUUGAAUUAAAGUUAUUUACAGUUAUCUUUCAACCAAAAAUCUUAUAAAAUAGACAAAAUGUUUGCUUUUUUCUCUUACUCUCCAUUAACAUGAUACUUUUCAAUAUAUAUGUAAAUCAUUCAAGGUAA